CUUGACCCGACCAAAUUUCUUUCGUCUUCUUUUUCGGUGGGAUUUGCUGGUAUGGGGCUGUUUUACUCUUCAAUUUCUUAUUUUGUGAUUACAUGGCCCUUGUUCGUUUCUGGAUAGCUUGAGAGUGUUGUUUCUAACCGUUGUUGGUAUUGCUGCAACGUCAAAGGCAUCGUACUCUAUUAUUACUAGUGCGCCAGUAUCGUCUGCUUUUGAUUUUGCCUGACCUUUGCUCAAUUGUCAUUUAGUUUCAUGAUAUUUUCUAACAAAAAACUAUUUCUUACAUAUAGUCUAAUAUCUCAGCUCAAGCCAUUCACACACAAUGUCUGAGGUCCAGCAGCUGUCGACGGCCCCCUUCGACCCCCGGUUCCCCAACCAGAACCAGACCAGGCACUGCUACUCAUCGUACGUCGACUACCACCGGUGCAUCCGCAAGAAGGGCGAGGACUACCCGGCCUGCGAGUACUUCCGCAAGGCCUACCGGUCGCUGUGCCCCAACUCGUGGAUCGAGAAGUGGAACGACCAAAUGGAGGCGGGCACGUUCCCCGGCAAAAUCUAAACGGGUCGCGGGGCCGAGUGUGCUAUUGGACAAUGUGGACGUAAUGGUUGGAUGUGAAUUUACACAGAUCAAUAGACCGAUGUAACGGGU